AUGACGGCUCGCAAUCCCCCUCAAUCUUUCAUCUCGAGUUAUGCUCCGCGAUUGCGCACAUAUGCCAAUUCGUUGCUUACCCCAGUCAUACAGCCAACAGCAGCCGUCGCGACACCACUCGGCAGAACAACGAAAAGAGGAACCACAGCAAUAAAUUACGCAGAGGAUGGAUAUGAAUUCGAGGAGGAUGAUGAUGAUGAAAACAAAAGAAGGCCUACAGGCUUACGGAGUUUACGAAGGGAAGAUACUGGACAGGCAAAACAAGACCCCGCAGAAAAGGUUGGCAAAGAAGCUACUGCGCCAGUAGAAAUUCAAGGUAUUUGGAGAGAUUGGAUGGGCAAGCAACGGCCAGGAAAAACCGACAUGCAAAAUUAUGCACAAAUCGCAUUACCUUUAACGUUAAUCCCGAUUCGAAUCGACCUUGAUAUCCCGUCCUUCACACCCCCUGCGCCUUUACCCGUACCUGUAAACAUUCAAGUAUCUUAUCCUUCGAUUGAUACUUCCCUACCGGCAUACAAACCACAAGAGACGACAGUCCCAUAUCGCCUGAAGGACGUAUUUCUGUGGAAUUUACACGAGACAUUGACAACCACCGAUCAAUUUGCGCAAACGAUGGUACAAGAUCUGGACUUACCAAACAGAGGACAAAUGGCAGCCGAAAUCAGUAAGCAAAUCCGUACACAGCUUGAAGAAUACGCGGGUGUGGCUCUACAUCCACUCUUUCAUUCGCAACAGACUGCAACGGCGAACGGCACUGUGACCACCAUCAAACAAGGGCCGUCGUCUCGAGAUGCUUCAAGUACACCUGCAGCCAGUGGAAAUGCGACACCUAUGCGAAAUGUCAUUGCUCAAUCUAAUGGCUAUUCGACUCCUGCUAAGGCUCCCACUUCGCAGUCGCAAGAUAUAACUGCCACUGCAACCUCAAUACCUCCAGAAUCUGAUGAAUAUAACCCCGAUGAUAUGUACCGGUGCAUCAUUAAUUUGAAUAUCAAUCUCUCCAAUCAUCUCUACACAGACAAAUUUGAAUGGUCAUUACUACACCCUCCAGGAACAGCUGAAAUAUUCUCAAAACAAACCUGCGCAGAUCUUGGUUUACCUGGGGAAUGGGUCCCGGCCAUGACACAUGCGAUUUAUGAAGCAGUUUUGAGAUUAAAAAAGGAGGCAUGUGAAAGUGGUGGUUUGGUUGGCGCUUAUGGGGGAGAAAUACCCAAUGAUGCUGUGCAUGGUAAGGAUGCCGGAUGGAGAUAUGAUAAUGAGCACCUAGCAGAUGAGUGGGAACCCAAGGUUGAGAUCUUGUCAAAGGAAGAGAUCGAGAAGCGAGAGGGUGAUAGAGAAAGACAAAUUAGGCGGAUGAGAAGAGAGACUGCUAGAUUCUCUUCAAAUUCGGGGAUGGCUGGUGGCCUUCCAACACCAGGUGAGAACAGAGGAUAUUUUGAUGAACCACCUGCGGAAGAACGCAUGGGUCGUGGUGAGAGAAGUAAGAAGAAGAGACGCUUCAGAAGUCUUAGUCCGUUGGGGAGAUCUGGAACACCCGGUGGAAGAGGAACUCCUGAUACUGGCGGCAUUACUGGGUAUGGUGGAGGUGGUAGUCUUACCGAAUUUGAGCGAAACAGUUGGAGAUGCUCACAUUGUAAAGUCUGGGGAACAUCGGUUUGGUGUGUGAGGGAUGGGCCGUUCGGACCAAGAACUCUUUGUAAUAAUUGUGGCUUCCUAUUCGAGAAAGACCGCAAGCUACCUCGAUGGGCCAAGGAUCUUCAUAGACAAGACAUCCGCUCAAGUGAUUACAGAUAA